UUUAUUCAAUCCAUCAAUUCCAUUUUUAUCACUUGUCACUAUGCCCGUCACUUUCGCACUUACAUACUUAUUAGAACGGGACAGGUAUGGUGACAAAUGAUAAAGAGCCGACCAUCUUAGCCCUACAGCGCAAAUCAAGAUGUAAGUACGUAUGCUGGCAACGAAUAAAAUAUCCAAACUAUAAAAAAAUACUUUCUAGUUAUCAUAAGUAGAUUUAGACCAAGCUAAGUUGGCAGCGAUUUUGAUAGUCCUGGCUGUGCAUUAUACAAGUACAUUUUAAACGUUAAACUUCUAUGAAAUUAUGGCGUUUAAAGAACGGGCUACCAAAAUCGCUGCCAACUUAGAUUGAUCUAACUGUAACUUUAAUUCUCCUUCUAUAUUCCCUGGCCUUCUUUUUUUUAAAAAGCGAUUGUCUUAGAAACUUUAAGGUUCUAAAGACUUGCACUUUUCGCGAAAGUACAAAUUAGAAACUUGGUUCUGAAGUCUAAGGUUAAAAUUCUAUUGAUACAUCAUAUUGCCGACCUCUUUACCAUCCUACAUUUUUACAAUCUUUUUGUGAAAACGCGUAAAUGGAACUUUCUCCACUUUCCAAAGAGAAAUAUUGACUUGUAUGUAAUCACCUUUUGCUACUUUAUAUUAUUAUCUUUGCAUUUGACAUAAGUUUAAAUCAUUUACUCUGUGGUAAUUAGGUUCUUUCAAAAAAUUGUAUGUCAACAGUUCCAAUCUUUUUGUAGUAAGUUUACAGAUGUAAUGACCAAGUACGUAGAAAUGCCGUUUCCAGGGUAAAGAUGUAUUACAUAACCACAAUUUUAGCAAUUGCAUCUGUGUGUCAUGGAUUAACAUACAGGAAUUAUGCUCUGCUCCAUGGUAUGCCUCGAAAUGACCGCGAGUUGAAAUUCUUUAAUGACAUGGUGAAGCUCUACAAUGUUACCUAUUGGAGGAGACCUGGCAAGGUCAUGGGGCCUGUUGAAUUCACCAUUAGCCCUUAUAAUUAUGGUGAACUUAUGAUAGAUACAUAUAACACGAAGAUUCGCUUUAGAACUAUUAUGGAAGAUGUGCAAAGUGCAUUCGAUGACCAAACGAUUAAACGCUAUUUUAGGCAUCAUUUGGAUUCAUUCAACUGGGAUCAUUAUCAUAGUCUGGAUGACAUUUACAACUGGCUGAAAGAUCUUAGCGGUGCGCACCCUGGAGAGCUUCAGAUGUUACAUAUAGGAAAGAGUUUUGAAAAUAGGGAUAUAUUCGCUGUGAAACUAAAGUUGAAUAAAGUUAAAAUUUGCAAGAAAAGACACAGACCGAAGGUCAUAAUAGAAGGAGGAAGCCAUGGCAGGGAGUGGAUAUCUCCAGCGGUAGUGACCUAUAUGAUACACGCAUUACUAAAUGCUAACAAUUCCAACAGCGAAGAAUUGAAGCUGGUAGCACCCAUGUACGAUUGGUAUUUCGUUCCUGUCAUGAACCCAGAUGGAUAUGUGUAUUCACAAACACACGAUCGAUUGUGGAAGAAAAAUCGUCGUGGUGGUUAUGGAGUCGACUUAAACCGUAAUUUCGGAAUUUUAUUUGGAAAACAAGGAGCCAACACAGAUAAAAGAAAUGACGAAUACUGCGGUAAAGAACCGUUUUCUGAACCAGAAUCAGCAGCUAUGGCCACGCUCGCGAGAGACAAUAGUUUUAGCCUGGAAUACUAUCUGUCUUUUCAUGCUUAUGGACAAUAUAUAAUUCUCCCUUACUCCUUUUCUAAGAUGUACGAAGAUAAUUACAAUAGUACGAAAAAGUUAGCUGAAACGAUGGCUACAAAAAUAUUUACAAAAUAUCAAAUUCAGUAUAAAGUUGGUACUAAUUUUGAUACACAAGGAUACUUAGCGUCAGGUGUAAGUGCAGACUGGGUAAAAAGAGCAAUUAACGUGACCCACGUGGCAACCAUCAUGUUACCAGACACGGGAGUGUUUGGCUUCGCUUUGCCAACUAAUCAGAUUCUGCCCACUUGCCAAGCUCUCAUGGAUGGGUUGCUAGCAUUCCUAGAUCCUCCAAACCCCGAAGAUCUGCUAAACCGUGAAGUCAACAGGUUAGAAGAUGUACCAAAAGAAGAUUCCCUAUUUGACCUUUUGCAUUAUGAUGAUGAUAGUGCUACUGUAGAGAACUAUGCCUCUUCAAGAAUUUUAAUUGUUUGUAAUGUGAUUGUUCAUAUAUUUAGCAGAUUCCAAUAAAUGUUCCAAAUGCAGAAACUACAGAAUUACAUUGUUUUGUUGAA